CAGCAAGUGCAACUAGUUAAACAAGCUCGUGUAAACUGUGGAAAACUACACAGGUCUAAACUCACAAAUCGUUAUUUGUAACUUUUUCAAGGUUAAUCGUAGGUCUCAGGAUCAUUUUCAUAAGGCGAAGAAAAAAGCAACAAUGACAGAGCACGAUCGCAUGUGUGGCAGCCGGUGUCUGGGUCCAAUGACUUUUCAUCUGCAACUGACAGGCCAAUAUGUCACCAUCGACCAAGGAGGGCAACUGGCGUCCAGAGACACUUCCUCCUUUAUGAACGGGUUGGCUUUUCUAAGUCGCACUGUAAAGUUGGAUGAAAAGAUUUGUAUACGUAUUGAGGACUGCACCUCAUCGUGGGAUGGAGCUCUUCGUGUAGGUUUCACCAACAUCUGCCCAAAUACACACAGAAUCCCACCUGCCUCUAUACCAGAGCUGAGGGAUAUUCCAGGCUAUUGCGUCGUGCCAGUGCCCGAGGUCUUGUGUAGAUGCAGUGCAGUGAUUCAGUUCUGGAUAAACUAUGCACGCAUGGUUAUUGUACAAGGAAAAAGUGGAGAGAGAUUUUACCUCAAAGCAACAAGACUGAACCUGAACAAACCACUUUGGGUUUUCAUUGAUCUGUAUGGCAGCACAAACACAGUGCGCCUUUUGGGCUCAAGGAGGGGAAGUCGUACAUCAUGCCCAGUUUGUCCCUUAAACACCACACCGGGCAUCAACUGUCUUGUUGGUCAUACUACAGAUGGUGAGAGUCAAAUGCAAGAAGAAAAAUAUCACAAGUCCAGCCUCAUCUUAGCAGUAAAUAAUCACAGAGAAGAUACCAGAAAAGCCAGAAAACCAUCAUCUUGUUGGGAACCAAAUCUCUUCCUCCUACAGUAUGCCAAUCAGAAAACUGUUCCCAGCCCUGCAGACCAUUCUGAACUCACGAGAGCUGGCUUAGGAAUACCUGUUUGUGAGUCAAAGAGAAGUGUUGAUCUAAACUGGACCUGGAGAGAGCUAAAUCAAUUCAUUUGCUCCAGCUAUCCCUUGGUCGAACUGGAUUCGAUUGGUUUCUAUGCUGCAAAGGCUGAGAAACAUGGAAGACUUUGCAGAAUACAAGGCAACACUCUAAAGAAGCUAAAAAAGGAGUUGGGGGAGAGUGUUCUUUAUAUAAUACCCAUGAGAGACAUUGUUCUAAAUGAGAUGUCCACAAAUACAUUAUCAUCAGUCAUGAAUACCAAUGGUUUGUCAACACCAUACUCUCCACCCCCUGUUACUGCACAACAACGGAGGUGCCGACUGACAUCAACCAACAGUAGCUUUUCAAAUUCAAGCCUAAACUCUUCAAUGGAGGACAUGGACAUAAGCUCUUUGCUCAGAGAGUUUCAGCGCAUGCAUCUCAGCACCAGUGAGCAGAUUUCUGUAAGGGUUUACCGAAACAAGUUGCUGCAGAGUACCAAAGAUGCUCUCUCCAACUGCAGUUUCCUCUGGACCAAAAUCCCUUUGGUGACAUUUGUUGGGGAGCAGGCUCUUGACUGUGGAGGUCCCCGGAGAGAGUUCUUCAGAAUCCUGAUGCUGGAGGUGCAACGCUCUCUGGGCAUCUUUGAGGGGAAGCCUGGACAUUUGUUCUUCACGUAUGACCAAAUGGCCUUGGAGAAGCACAAGUAUGAGCUGGCAGGGAAUCUGAUUGCAUGGUCUGUGGCUCAUGGUGGACCAGGUCUCAAAGCUCUUGAUCCCUGUUUGUAUCUGCUGAUGUGCACCCAGGAAUGUCAUCUGGUAGACUUUGACUGGCACCUAAUACCAGAUGCUGACAUCCAGGAGAAAUUGCAAAAGAUUUUGUCAUGCAACACAACACCUGAGCUCCAUAAACUGCAAAGAGAACAAGGAGACUGGAUUUGUGAAUGCGGUUUUCCUGGAAUUUACGGACCAGACAUUUCCAUCCGUGAUGUGCCAAAAAUUUACUCCUUUGCCGUACGACACUAUGUAUAUCUUAGAACAUCAAAUAUGAUUCAUCAGUUCACAAAAGGACUGAAUGCUUAUGGACAGUUCUGGGAUAUGGUAAAAGCUAACUGGAUUGAGUUCCUGCCUAUCUUUACCAACAUUCACGAGUCAUUAUCCAGAAGCACAUUCAAAGCCCUGUUCCAAAUCCACUGGAGUAAAGCAGGGACCAAGAAGAGGGAAGAUGAGGAGAAGACUAUUCAUCGCUGGGACUUGCUCCUUCAGAUGAUUGAGGACCAAAAAACUGAGUUGCAUUAUGAGGAGCUUUUGGUUUUCAUAACUGGAGCGGAUGAAGUACCACCACUGGGGUUCUCUCAAAAGCCCAGCAUUCACUUCUACGAGCCAGAGAGGCAUGGAUGCCGUCUACCAUAUGCAAACACAUGCAUGAUGGGAUUGUUCCUCCCCAGAGUUGUAAAAGAUGAAGUGGAACUCUACAGAUUGCUCAUGAGAGCAGUUAGAGACUCUGGAGAAUUUGGGAGAAUAUAAAACUAUACAGUGUAAUUCUAUAUUCUAAAAACACAAUUAUGCCCAUUUAUAAGUUAUUAUUAUUUAAUUAAAGCACUUUUGUACAGUGAUUUGUAUGUUAUUUUUAUGAUGUUAUAAUGUUUUCUACACAAGAUAUUUGUACAUAAAAUGUUUAUUUUUAUUGUCACACAAAAUUUAAAUGAAAUGUAUAAGAAAAAACAAAGUUUCAUGUUUUUACUGGUUUGAUAGGUACUACAGUAAUUGCUAUUGAUCAUGUAAAGGGGAGGGUUAGUCACACUGGGAAGUUGUCAUAAGGGCUUUAUCUCAGUAACUAUAAGGUUUUGAGUCAAAAGUCCAAUUACACAAAUGCUUGUUCCAUUUAGCUGUGGUUUUGUAUGUCAGGUCCUCCUUCAAAACCCUCUUACAGUAGAAUAAUUUUUAGAAUAAUUAUAUCUUCCAAACAAAAAUUAUAAUAUCAUAUUUUUGUAGUUGUUGGGUUAACAAGUGAACAGAAUAAAACCACACUGGAAUUCAGUAAAGCAAGUGUCAUCUAUAUAAUGAAUGUAGAUUUUAAAUUAAUUUAAAUGUAUAGAUUUAAAAUGUAUAAAUUGUAUUUAUUAACACAUUAAUUAACACAACAUUUAUGUUAGCAUAACCGUUGUUUGACAUUUUUAUUCACUACAUGGCACUCUGGAAUACUCUGUUCUGAUUGGUUAAUGGCGCCAUCUAGCAGUCUGAUAUUUCUGAGUGACAACCGCACAUCCAGGGUUUAAGACAUAGCAGACUGGUCAUCCGAGUAUUUAGAGUUAUUUUGUCUUGUUGGAUCACUGUGUAUUUUCAACUCAAAUCAAUGUAUACUGUCCAUUUAUUUAUUUGUUUGACAAGUUGUUUUGUAAUA